UCAUGACAGAACAAUGCAAGAUAUUGUUUACAAACUUGUGCCAGGCCUCCAAGAAGCGGAAAUGAAAAAGCAAAGGGAGUUUUAUCACAAGCUGGGCAUGGAAGUUCCAGGGGACAUCAAAGGGGAGACAUGUUCUACAAAACAGCACCUGGAUUCCCAUCGAAAUGGUGAAACUAAACCAGAUGAAAAUUCAAACAAAGAAACUUCUGAGGAAAAACAGGAAGAAGAUAAUGACUACCACCGAAGUGAUGAACAAGUAAGCAUCUGCUUGGAAUGCAAUAGCAGCAAAUUGCGUGGAUUGAAACGAAAAUGGAUCCGCUGCUCAGCACAAGCAACUGUCUUGCAUCUGAAAAAGUUCAUUGCCAAAAAACUUAACCUUUCUUCUUUUAAUGAGCUGGACAUAUUAUGCAAUGAAGAGAUUCUUGGCAAGGACCACACGCUCAAGUUUGUAGUUGUUACUAGAUGGAGAUUUAAGAAAGCACCUCUACUGCUGCAUUACAGACCCAAAAUGGACUUGCUGUAAGAGAACUUUAUUGUCCUUCUGGACCGAGUUUUUUGCAGAGACUAUCAUCUGGCACCUUCUUAAUGCAUCACUAAUCACAUGACGCAAACCAGCUGAAUAAUUUUAGAAGACUGUAGUGUUUUCAUAGCGAACUGUCCUUCUGAAUGCUUCUUCUAGGGAUGUAUUACCUAGAUUUCUGGGCAGAAAAUAUUUAUACUUUUUUGUACGGAAGAAAGAAGUCACAAAUCAACAAGACACUACCAGCACUAAGUUUACAGAUACUGAAAACACUUCACAGUUCCAUGUAGCUCAGUCUGAUUUAUCUCUUACAGUUACACAGAAAUAAGUUAGAAUGUUGUGGAGUGAUUUAAAAAUGUUGCUUUUGACACCAAGUUGCAUUUAGUUACUUUUCACAUUCUGAAUCUUUAAAAACUAUAUUUUUGCAAAGUGUUAUUGUCUUAUAUACUAUGCCUGAUUGCAUUGGCUU